UGUGGGCGGCGGUGAAAAGCAGGAGCGGGGCGGUGGCGGGAGGCAGCCCCCCCCCCCCCACGCCCCCCUCCUUCCUUCCCCCCCCCCCCCCGCCGGUGCCGGUGCCGGUGCCGCUCCCGGUGCCGGUGCCGGCUCUGGCUCCGGUGCGCGGCGGCCGCGGCUGCCGGCGCUGCUGGGCGAGGUCAGGGAAAGUCCAUGUGAGGAGCGGCUGGAAUCACUUCCUGCUGCCGCCGCCGGGACCGCCGGCACCGCGCCGCUAGGCCCAGGGCAGCGUCCGUGGGGCCGGCGCCCCGCAGAUGUGCCCUACUUUGGAUAUUCCUGCAUUGAAUGUCUGAGGAGCUCCAGCCGAUCCUGAGCCAUGUCGCAGAUGUUGCACAUAGAGAUUCCCAACUUUGGGAACACCGUUCUGGGCUGCCUGAACGAGCAGCGGCUGCUGGGGCUCUACUGCGAUGUCUCCAUCGUGGUGAAGGGCCAAGCCUUCAAGGCACACCGGGCGGUCCUGGCCGCCAGCAGCCUCUACUUCCGAGACUUGUUCAGUGGGAACAGCAAAAACGCCUUUGAGCUGCCGGGUACCGUCCCCCCCGCUUGCUUCCAGCAGAUCCUCUCCUUCUGCUACACCGGGAAGCUGACCAUGGCGGCGAGCGAGCAGCUGGUGGUGAUGUACACGGCGGGCUUCCUGCAGAUCCAGCACAUCGUGGAGAAAGGGACGGACUUGAUGUUCAAGGUCAGCUCUCCCCACUGUGACUCUCAGACCACCAUGAUCGAAGACCCCAGCUCGGAGCCGCAGAGCCCUUGCAACCAGCUGCAGUCGGCCUCGGCGCCCUACGUCAUGUCCCCCUCCAUGCCCAUCCCGCUCCUCACGCGCGUCAAACACGAGAACCUCGAGCUGCAGGCGGCUGCCCUGCCCGGCCUGCCCGGCAAGCGACCCCUCGAGCCCGGCGCCCGGGAGGGGGCCGGCGGCGGCGGCUCCAACGCCGGUCCCCUGAAGCUCUCCCGCGUCUCCUACUAUGGGAUGCCCAACCUGGCCACCCUCAUCCCCAACGUCCAGCAGGUCCAGUACUCGCAGGGGGAGCGGACGAGCCCCAGCGCCAGCAGCAUUCCCACCACCGACAGCCCCACCUCCUACCACAACGAGGAGGAUGAGGAGGACGACGAGGCGUACGACACCAUGGUGGAGGAGCAGUACGGGCAGAUGUACAUCAAGUCCUCGGGAGGCUACUCCGUUGCUCAAGAGAAGCCAGAGCAGAUCCCACUGGAGAACCGCUCCUGUGUCCUCAUACGACGGGAUCUAGUUGCUCUCCCAGCCAGUCUUAUCAGUCAAAUCGGAUACCGUUGCCACCCAAAACUCUACUCGGAGGGAGAUCCUGGAGAAAAACUUGAGCUCGUUGCAGGCUCAGGUGUUUACAUCACCCGGGGGCAGCUGAUGAAUUGCCACUUAUGUGCCGGUGUCAAACACAAGGUCCUUCUGAGACGUCUUCUGGCCACCUUCUUUGAUCGGAACACCCUUGCCAACAGUUGCGGAACUGGAAUCCGGUCCUCCACGAGCGAUCCCAGCAGGAAGCCCCUGGACAGCAGGGUCCUUAACGCAGUCAAAUUGUAUUGUCAGAAUUUUGCCCCGAGCUUUAAGGAAAGCGAGAUGAAUGUUAUAGCAGCCGAUAUGUGCACCAACGCCCGCCGGGUCCGCAAGCGCUGGCUGCCGAAGAUUAAGUCCAUGCUGCCAGAAGGGAUGGAGAUGUACCGCACGGUCAUGGGCUCCACCACAAACAGUGUCCCCCUGGAUCCUGAAUUCCAGCCCAACACUGCUCAGGUCUUUGAGCAGCGAAUCUAUGCAGAAAGGAGGAGCGAUUCAGGAACUAUAGUAGCCUUGAGAACUAACACGGUGAACGUAGAGCUAAGCAAUGGAUCCAACCAGUCCUUCGAACAGAGCGAGGAUGCUGAAGGGGCUGGCUCUGUGAUACAGGAGGCAGCUGCCACAGAUGCUAUGGCAUCGGAUACCCAAAGCACUCCGCAACCUUUUGAACAAGGUUCCGGCUCCUCCAGCCGGCCCGAAACUCCCGUGAGAAGACAAGAUGGUACUUACGGAGGGACUUUAUAAAGAGAGCAAACGUUUCGUGACCUAUAAGGGAUCUGUAAUACUAAAGCUGCUUGCAUGCAUUACUAAUACAAAACAAAAAAUGUGAUCAAGCCACUUACCUACUGAACUGCUACUGUUGCCUGAAAAAAAUGUGAUUUUUAUUCUGCUUGUAUUUAAAAUUUAUGAAGGAAAUAAUCGCAUUCGUUAUACUGUAAACGACUAGGUCUGUGGCGACCUACUUAAAAAAAAAUAUUGGGCUCCUUUUUUGAUAUUCCUGAGGUUAGUCUAUAAGAUCGUAGCUUUUCCUUUUUUUUUUUUUUUUUUUCUUUUUUUCUUUUUUUUUUUUUUAUUUUAAGAAGGGGAGGAGAAAAGCUAGCCACCCCCCCCCCAAACCACCACCACCCCCCUGUCAUCACCACCCCAUCCAUUACUCAGCUCAGAAGUAAAGCCAUCGAUAACCUUGUCCUCUAAAGAAAGUUUUACCGUCACUUAACAGGAAAGCAAGGUGCGUUAGGGUACAAGUGCUGUGACUGGCGAUGUUUGUCUCUAGCAGAAGGGCUCUAGCCAAGUGGGACAGGGUGGGGGAAAUCGUUAAAGGCUUCUGGUGCCGGAGGGAGCCCCUCGCCGUGGGUGCCGCGGAGGCUGGCGGGGACUCGGAGCUCUUGUCUCGGGGAGUUUUAUCCCGUUCCCAGGAGCUGGGAUGGUUCCGCGGGAGUUCAGGCUUGCACGUGUCGGGAGGACUGCGUGGGAUGCAGGUGGAGACCCUGGCCGGUGUUGUGGUUGUUGUCGAUUUGUUGUGGGGUUUUUUUGGUUUUGUUUUGGUUUGUUUUUUUUUUUUUUCCACGCCCCCCCCCCCCCCCUCCCCCCCCAAUACGGCUGGGUUUGGGGUUUGGUUUCUCUCUCCCUCCCUCCCAGCGACUCCUUUUUGUUCGCUUCUCCUUGCUUGCGCCUUCACGCCACCCGCUCCUCGCGCAAACGGGCUGGCGGCACCCCACGGCGACCGUCCUGGGGGGGCACCUCCCGGAGCUGGGGGGGGGGGAGUAACCCCCUCCGCCCCCCUCCAGCUGCCUGCCAAGGGCUUCGGGGGGGAAUCUGAGCACGGAAAGCGCGUUGUUCUUGCUCCCAAGGGCACGGAGCCGGCAGCUCUUGGCAUCAGCUCCUGGCAGCAUCCGCACCGGAGGCAGAGGGCGGUGCAGCCGUCAGCGUGCGGGGCUCGCCUGCUGUCCGUCCCCCCCCCCCCCAACUCCUCCCCAGGCAACCGGGCUCUCACUUUUUAAUAACUGGCGUGUAUUGGAUGCAAAAAAGUUUAAAAAAAAAAUUUGCUUCGUGCCUUUCUGUGAAGAGAUUUUGGGGAGGAAGAAGCGUUUCACCUCUUGCUCAUCCUCCAGACAGGCCUUUCUGGGGAAAAGCCCAAUGUUGAGUUAUUUAUCUUUUUUUUUUUUUUCUUUUUUUCCUUUGUCAGUGAUGUUGAAAGCUUGCCGUCCCCAGGCUGCGUUGGCUUUGGUGGCCCCAGCUGGCCUCGAUGGUGGGUGUGGGUGCUGGGGUGGGACCCAUAGGUGCCCCUGGAGCCUGGCCGGGCAGCGGGUACCGGCUCACCCCCCGCUUGCCCUUAGAAAUCCCCCCAAAUGGCCGGAAUCCUUUCGGCAGAGCCGACUCCCACCCAGCGUGGGUGCUGCCCAUCACCCUGGGUGCUGCCGCCGGGCUGGGGGGAGCCGGGCACCCACAGGGAUGCUGAGGCCGGGGUGCCCCCAGGGGAUGGGGGGCAGGGACAUGAAAGCCAAGUACGGCUUCUUUUCAUUUCUUUUUUAAUUAUUAUUUUUACUGUGACUGAACGGCCUGCUUUACUGGUAUUUGCAGCUUGUUCUUUAACAAGUUUGGCGCUAUGAGCAAGUGCACCCAGAGUCACCCUUGAAGGCUACUGGGGCUGUGCUCUUCUUUUCUUUCCUGCUUUGGUUCCUGAAUCCAGACGGCGCUUUGCUCAGGGUUUUCUUCCUUCCUUGUAUUUCCAUUCGGAAAGGGGGAAGGGGGAGAGGAUAACCCAACUUUUGGCCAUUUUUUUUGUUUCUUCGAUACUUGAAGCAGGUUUUUUUUUUUGCAUCCUAAUAACCAAGCUGUCCGGCGCUUAGUCUGUCCCACUGCUCCUUCCCCUGCCGGGGGGGGGAAGAGAAUUCGAUGCUGGGGUGGUUUCUGCCUCACGUCUUGCACAGGUCUCGGGUGUUGGCACGGCUUGGCCUGGGCAGAUCGCGACGCCCCAGCCUGGGUGCCCCGCUGCCGGCGGAGGGGGGGGGGGGGCUGGUGGGGGUGACGGCGUGAUGAGGCGGUGCAGGGGCGUGCGAUGCUUGGAAGGGGUGGGGGCAAGCGUGGCCUGGGGGGGGGCUCUAUUUGCACUUUACCCACGUCAGCAAACAGAACUCGUGCUCCUGCCGAAACCCGGCGCAGCUCAUCCCCAGCCGGCAGCGCCACAGGAGGAGGCUCCUUCCGCGCGGUGAUGCCCGUCGGUGCUUACCCGUGCCCACAAACACGGGGGGGGGGUGGGGGGGGGGGGUGUACCGGGGACCAUUGGGCUGAGCUUGGGGUGGGCUUCUUCCCCACGCAUCCCCGAGGAGAUGGAGAGGUCCGGUUCCUUGGCCCAGGGGGUGUCCCCAGCCCCCCCCCCCCCCCCGCCGGGAGCGGCUGCUGGGGACCAGCUCAGCCUGGUUGGCGGGGCUGGGGGGGGGUUGGGUUGGGCUGAGGACCCUCCUGAUCCCCCAUAACCUCCCCACAAGUUUGGGUUUGCCAAAAGUUCGAGGCAAGCUGGGAGCGCAUCCGGGUGUCGGAGAUCAGAAGUUGUCCCUUCAGUGUGUGUCUGUGUGCGUGUAUAUAUAUAUAUAUAUAUAUACACACAUAUAUAUAUAUAUAUAUUAAAGAUAUAGCAAAGGAUUCCUCCUCCUUUUUGGCACUUGCUGGGGUUUGGGGAGCAGGCUGAGCCCUCCGGCCGGGCUUUGCAGUUGGCUGUAGGAAUUAUUUCUGGACCAAACCCGCGCCCAGAGAGACGGCCCUGGCCGGCAGGGCCACCCCAGGGGGGGCAGCAGCAGAAGUACUUGAAUGGCUUAGGACAGAGAGUCUGAAGAGAGUCAAGUUGCACAGUGAAAAUAUAUAUUUUUAUACCUAGCACAACUUCCUGUAUAUUUUUGGGGUUUUUUCUUUCUUUUUUUUUUUGAUUUUCUUUCCUUUUUUUUUUUUUUAUUUGGGUUUGUUCGUUUUAUUAAUUAUUAUUAUUAGGAAGGCAAACUUCUAAAAUGUGAAGGGCGUUGGGUUUUUCCUUAUCUGGUAGAUGAGGGCAAGCAUUUUGCACUAAUGUUUCCUUUGUGUGGAGGAUUAAUGAUAUGUUUGAAAAUGUUAUAUCAUAAUGAUUGUAUUCUUCCGAAAAAAAACAAAAAAAACAAAAAAACAAAAAAAAAACAGAAACAAAAAAAAAGUGUAACCCCUUUAAAAUAUUGAAUGUAAGGUGAGAACAGAGCAGUCCAUCGAUUGUAUGCGGCUUUCCUGAGUGCCUUAGAAUUUUUUGAUCAUUUUUUCCAAGGAAAACAGAUUAAGAAGAUCAGAUCAUAACCGACUCCUUCCUCCUCUUUGUUUACGACACUAUUUUAAAUUAUAGAAUUUGGGGCUGCUUUAUAAUGUGAAUAGGAAACUGCAUUCAUCUAGGUCUGAUAGUGUAAAAUCAAAGCAUCAGUAUUUAUGGUAUGUCUGCACCUUUAUUCUUAUGCUUGACUAUUAGCAAUAUUACAUGUAUAUUAUAUAUCUAAAGUUAUACCAAGCACCUUUAAAGAAAACGGAGUGUAAGCAUACAAGUUACCUGCAGCUGCCAUAUAGUGUAGAAGCCAGCCCCUCUCCUCCUCGUUAGCGCCAAUUAACACCACCAGGCUGAGAGCUGCCGCUUUGCAGAAGGGCUGCAUGACCUUCUGCGCACCCCGCGGCUCGGUCCUGCGGGUCCAGCUUUGGCCGGGGGUCCCGGGGAUCCCCAUCCCCCCCCCCCAUCCCCGCUCCCCCCCCCCCGGGGUCAGUGAUGUUCCCGCACCGGUUUGGUGGCGGCGAUGCCGGUGCUGCCCACGGAGGGGGGACGGCAGAAGAUGGGGAGCGGGUCCGUUUUUGUCACCGCGAUGGUUUAAUUCUUCUAACUGUGGUUUCACCCUAGAGAUUCCUCAAGGGCUGGGGCGGGGAGGGGGGGGGGGGGGG